AUGGCUGCCACCACCAAUGCUGGCCGGUCCAUGGCUAGCUGGAGACGACUGCCAACCUUGAUCGCGGCAUUCACCCUGUCAUGGGCGUCUAGCUUCGUUGCCGCUGCUGGCUCCGCCGAUUACUUUGUCCAUGAUCUGCCAGGCGCACCAGACGGUCCGCUGGUGAAGAUGCAUGCUGGACAUAUCGAGGUUAACCCUGAAAACAACGGCAACCUAUUCUUCUGGCACUUCCAGAACAAACAUAUCGCCAACAAACAACGAACCGUUAUCUGGCUGAAUGGUGGUCCCGGUUGCAGUUCCGAGGAUGGCGCAUUGAUGGAAAUUGGCCCCUACAGACUGAAGGACGAGAACACCUUGGUAUACAACGAUGGUGCUUGGAACGAGUUCGCCAACGUCUUGUUUGUCGACAACCCCGUCGGUACUGGCUUCAGUUAUGUCGACACCAACGCUUACAUCCACGAGUUGACCGAGAUGGCGUCCAACUUUAUCACCUUUUUGGAGAGGUGGUUUGCUCUAUUCCCCGAGUAUGAGCAUGACGAUCUCUACAUUGCCGGGGAGUCCUACGCCGGUCAAUACAUUCCCUACAUUGCUCAAGCCAUUAUCGAACGCAACAAGAACGCUGGGCCCGUUAAUCAUAAAUGGAACCUUGCGGGUCUCCUCAUCGGCAACGGCUGGAUCUCGCCCAAAGAGCAAUACGAAGCCUACCUCCAGUUCGCCUACGAGAAGGGUAUCGUCAAGAAGGGCACCGACCUCGCCACUCGGCUCGAGAAUCCAACAGCGCUCUGCCAACUAAAAAUUACCGAAAGCCCUGACAAGAUCGACUACACGGAAUGCGAAGAGAUCCUGCAGGACAUGCUUCAACAGACCGCCGGCGGCGUCGGCGCCAGCGGUAAGCCUCAAUGCUACAACAUGUACGACGUCCGCCUAAAGGACGACUACCCCUCGUGCGGCAUGGCCUGGCCUCCCGACCUCAAGAGCGUGACCCCCUACCUCCGCAAGAAGGAAGUCAUCAAGGCGCUCAACAUCAACGAGAACAAGUCAACGGGCUGGACCGAGUGCAACGGCCAAGUAGGCCUGAACUUCCACCCCAAGACCAAGCCGUCCAUCACCUUGCUGCCGGACAUCCUCUCCUCGGGCGUUCCCAUCCUGCUCUUCUCCGGCGCCGAAGACCUCAUCUGCAACCACCUGGGCACCGAAGCGUUGAUCUCCAACAUGGAAUGGAACGGCGGCAAGGGCUUCGAGCUCACCCCCGGAACCUGGGCGACCCGGCGCGACUGGACCUUCGAGGGCGAACCCGCUGGCUUCUGGCAGCAGGCGCGCAACCUUACUUACGUGCUGUUCUACAACUCCAGCCACAUGGCCCCAUUCGACUACCCCCGGCGCACGCGCGACAUGCUCGACCGGUUUAUGGGCGUGGACAUCAGCAGCAUUGGCGGCCAGCCCACAGACUCGCGACUUGACGGGGAGAAGCUCCCCGAGACCACGGUGGGCGGCGCAGCGGGGAACAGCACGAGCAACCAGGCGGCCGAGAAGGCCAAGCUGGAGAUGGCCAAGUGGGAAGCCUACCGCAAGUCAGGCGAACUUGUAUUGGUGAUCGUCAUCGUUGCCGCGGCGAUCUGGGGGUGGUUUGUCUGGAAGGACAGGAGGAAGACGGCUGGGCAGGGGUACAUGGGCGUUGCUACGGGCGAGAGACAUAGUAUUUCUACCAAUCCGUCGGGGUCUCGUCAGGGGAAUGUCAGUGGUAGGACAAGGGGCCAGGGACUGGAAGGGUUCAGGAAUAAGAGGAGUGGAAGAAGGGAUGUGGAGGCGCAGGAUUUUGAUGAGAGCGAGCUGGAUGAUUUGCACUUGAGCAAGCCGGAGGAUCCGCAUGCGGAUAGCAGGUAUAGCAUUGGUGAUGCUAGUGAUGAUGAGGACGGGCAGAAGCCGGAGAAGAGUAGUUCUAGUGGGCAAGCUGGAAGGUCGUGA